UUUCAAAAUCGUAUCCCAUAAUAUUCCGCAGUUGUUCGAUAAAUGUACCACCUGCAUCAGUUUUCUAUUGUUUUUUAUUGUUUCAUUUCCAAGUUUGUUUGAAAAAAUAACUGAAAAAUAUUUUACCAUCAACCUAUCAUUGCAACUGUACCAUCAGCACACCCAUUGUGCUUGCUCGCCUGUGAAAAUAUUCUUCCCACUUUGACAGAUGAUUGUGUGUGUAUGGAAAUUGUAUAUGUCCAACUUGUUCGUAGUGCGAAGAAAGAUUCGCGUUCCAGAAAUAAUAAAUUACAUCUCCCUUUUUACACGCACAUCACUGAUUUACAAGAGUUUAACGAAUAUACAAACAAUUCCUUCUAGAGUGCACUAUAUUUUACCCGAAACAAUACCCUUCCUGCAGAUGCAUUGCGUGUGAAAUGAACGGCAGAAGUAAAAGUGGUUUGCGUUCGUGCAUUUUGUGAGCACCAUACAAAGUCAACUUGUCGUACGAACUAUAUCCCCAGUGCCCGUGCAAAAUGUUUUUCACCGCUGGGUAGGUGUGCAUCGCAAAGAAUGGACAACGGCGAAGAAACGGAUGCUGCUGCGUGUGAAAAUCCCUUUCCCACAGCUUCUCCAGUGAAUUUAAGUGUGAACUAACGCAAUCAGCUUAUUGAUGUGGCAAUUGUGGUUGGAGUUUUAAGAUUUGGUGGUUGUGCUAGAUCGUGAGAAAACAACACGAUACACCAACGAAUCAUUGCUGCUCCGGAAUAUGUGACCAGCUUUAUCGAGGGCGAGGCAGUCCCUGCGCGGAACAAAAACGAAUGAACAAUAUUUUAUUGCUGUAAAGUUGGCGAAUCUUUGACACAAGCUAAGGGAGGGAUAAAGGAAAUCAUAAAUGUAAGGUGAGAGGUCAGUCGCAGGUCGCAAAACACGGUGAAGGAAUUGAGGUGGUGACGCGAAUAUUAAGCAACACACUACCGUCUCGUUUGCGUGUGAGACACCCAAACAGCAACCAGCACAAGUGUUGAAUUGAUGCCAAACAAAUAGUGUAAGAGCUGCCCAGGGCUGACCCACGGGGAAGAAACACCAGAAGGGUAAACAUGAAAUACUGACCUACACCCGUUACGAGCGAAUCUGUUUAGUUUUGUAUUGAAAAUGAAUGACUUUCAACCCACCAAAUCAGCAAUGAAUAAUGAUGGAUUACCUGCACAGCUUCAGUUUGUGCCACUGGCCGUAUGUAACCGUUUCCUCUCCAGCCAUGUUCCAGCCUACUAUGAUACAACAGCAUCAGCAUAUGACACGGCAAACUGUACCGUUGUUCCUUCAGCGUGGAACCUUCUGCGAUAGGGAAAAUGCUGCAUGCGAUUGUACAGUGUGGCACGCAACGAUUGCUGCGAUUGGUGGUUCUGAUUGUAAGCGCAUCGCUGGUGGAUUUGUUAGCAGCAUCACCGACAACCGUGUAUGAUAGUUACAGUGAAAACCAGGCGCUCCUGGUGCGCUCAGGCGUAGACGAAUCUUCCGGACGCGAACAGCAUUCGAUUUCCUUUCCGCGCAACCCACUAUCACCGGCUACUGCCGGCUUCGGGCCCGUUCAACGGAACACUGCGGAAACGCUUCCCGUCCAGCAGCAGCUUCUCGGCGGUGGCGGAGUAACGCGCGUCCCGUGGUACGGUUUAACCGAACUUUCCGACAUUUUGCUGCUCGGUGUGCUGGUAACGGUUGCCGUAAUCGGUACGUUACUGUUUGUCGUGCUUGUGUUAGGGCUGCGGGCAAAGUUGCAUCUCUUCCGAGAACAGCGCGCCGACAGACACGAUCUACUACUACGCUCUGCGGACUAUGUGCAACAACUGCAGGUGCAACAGUGCAGUGGGAUCAAGUGUUCCGGAAGUGGAAGUAAGCUAAAGUUGAUUAAAACACCACCCACCCCACCAUCACCACCGAUCGUACUGCUGGAGCCGAGCGCAUUAGUUAAACCGGUACCGACGACCUGUAUUGCGGUAAACGGUGCUGACAGCGUUGGUGGUGGUCGGCGCCGUGUCGAGCAGCAUUUAAGCCUGUCCGAUAAGAGACACCGAGAGACGCCGAAAGCGAAUAAACGGCUGCCGGCCGUUAGUGUACCGUUGCCAGUGGCAACGGUAAACAUGAGUGCGUCGAUCGGGGCAACCGUGAUCGACACUGCCACCGCUAACAGUGAACGUGACACCGAACACCUAACGAUCGACGAUAAGGAAAACUGUGUACAGCUUGUACCAUCCGACCAGGGCGAAGAACAGCAACCGGUCGGACAACGCAACGUGCUGAAAAGGCAAACAGUGGCAGAACAACAGUCCGUAUUCGGCCAGCCCGGAACACCAGGUAACGGAUCACCCACAACCUACAUCCAGCUACUGACACCAUCCUCAGCAUCAUCACUGUCCACGUCCGCCGCAACCACCGACAAUAAUGCAACCCCAACCAAGGGUCCAACCGAAUGCGGUGGUGGUAGCGUUAGUGGUCCCCUGUCCGCCGCAGAAUCAAUGGCGGCCGCAGCACGGUUUGGCUUUUCACCCCGCUCGAUACACUCGUUUACCGUGCAGACCGCCACCUACUUUCGCUUUCCGGAUGUGGACGAUUUUACACCGACACCGCGCACGCUGCCGAAACGGCACAGUGGUAAGGACACCUGUUCCACACCACCGGCCGUCGAUGCACGCACCGAGGAGCAGGAGGAAGAAAACGAUCCCGUGAGAAGGAUGGAAAUGCGUGACGGGCCAAAGGUGUCAGUGUUGGCACCAUCACCGGGUUCGAUGCCAUUGCCACCUGCUCCACCGAUAAAACCGGAACCACCCAAAAUCGAACGUGCAGAAGAGAGCGCACCGGUCGGAGCGAAGGAGAAGGCACGUAUCUGUGCACCGAUGGCUAACCGGCGUGUGAGGCUUAAAUCGAUUUCACUCGAUUCGGAAGGUGCGCGGCUGGUGGAGGAAAAUCUUAGCUCCACCAUUCCCGUGCAGGAGUUGGUCGGGAUGGCGGCACAUCGGUCCGGCGGGUUCGAUAGCGUCAUCGAUGACGACGAUGAUGACGAUGAAGAUGACGACGAUGAGGAGGAGUAUGAGCGUAAGCCGAGCGAACACGAUAAAGCGAACGCAUCCGCACACCAUGAGACUGAGGACGAGGAUGAACAAGCGAAUGCCAAACGGUGUGCGGCACGGGCCAAACGUGUACGGAACAUCUUAAACCUUCGACUGAACAUCCCGCCCAUGCCGGGGUCCGGCAUUGGUACGGUACAAUCACACACCCGGCCACCACCGCCGGCCGCCUCACAAUCGACCGGUUCGGUUGCAAAGCCAAUCGUGAAAACGGUCACCGUUACCGGGUCGGUUUCGAAUCCAACGAUGAGCACGCAGCAACAAGCACAGUUACCGCAAACCAUACACCACCACCAUCUAGAGGACAGCAAUGAGCAGUUUUACUUCGAGUACUUCGAUUACGGUGACGAUGAAGAUGAAACGGAUGACGAGGAGUACGACGAGGUACUGUACGGGGUGGAACAUGAGGACAAUAACAACAACAACAACAACAACAGCAAUAGCACCCAUACGGUUGCGUUACCACCGGUUCCAAAAACACCGACCCUGUCACAGUCUAAGCAGAAGGCAAGUUCGCUCGAUUCGGACAAGCUAAAGGUAUCGAAUCAGUACGGUACCGGUGGUGGUGUGUCUAGCAGUGCUUUCGGUUCCGUAAGCUGUGGCGGUGGGAUGAGCCAUAUCAUGAGUAUCGCACAACCGACAACUGGACAGGGUAUGUCCAUGCACAGCUACCUUCAUUCACAAUCCCAACAGCAGCACCAGCAGCAGCAGCAGCAACAGUAUGGACAAUUUCAAUUCCAUCAGCAGCACCAACAGCAGCAGCAACAAUUUUACACAACCCAGCAAACAACCGGACAGCUGCAGCAACCCCGACGGGUGUCUUCCGUUUCCGUGCCAACAACCCCGAAACGAUACCAGUAUCGGACGGCGGUAAAUCAUCAUUACUAUCAUCAUCAGCAGCAGCACCACGCGAGUGGACAAUCAAAACUGAAACCCUCCUACCAUCAUGCGGGACCGACAAGUUCCUCUUCCUCCUCGACGGCACUUGCGGGCGACGGUGCACCAGCGAAUGGUAAUCGGAAGGAUAAGAAAUCCCCACUAGGGUUGAAAGCGAUUGCCGGCUGCGAUGGUACGGUUACGCCACAAUCACAAUCACCUUCCGAUAAGGAAAAAGCCGAGGAAGGGACAAAAACAUCCGUUCCGACUAGUGGCCGGUCAAGUAUAUUGCAGCGCCGUGGUUCCAACCACAGUCUCACCCUUAACCUGGACGUGUACAAUCGUGGGGGAAGUGUUGAUCUGACCUCGUCUAGCUGUAGUCUGUACCGUGGUUCGUAUAAAAACCUGCACCAGGUACAAUCACACACGCAGCUGUAUCAGCCACACCCGGUGGAACCACCGGUACGCGUACAAUGCCAUCAAGCGUCCCCGCAGCAGCAACCAACACCGGCCGGCUCGUCCUGCACCGGCGAUGGUAGCGCCAACAGUACCACCAACGUGAACAACAACAAUAAUUCCAACACUAACAAAAAGAAUCUCCUGCAAAGGCGUGGCUCCAACACGAGCCUUACGCUAAAUCUCCGAUCAAGUGUUGGAACUGGUGCCGGCGGCGGCGGCGGUGGUGGUGGAGGAGGAGGUGGAGGAGCCGGUGGAGUUGGUUCUAGCUUUGGGCUGAAUCGGUUCAGUAGUCACAAUUCGCUCAACACUGGUACGAACCAUGCGGUCACACUCGGUACGCUCGGUGGUGGUGGCUAUCAUCAUCAGCAGCACCAGCAGUUACCGUCCUCGUCGAUGGUACGGUUGGCCGGAUCGCGCAAAAGUUUACUCGAGCGGCGCAACUCGAACGCUAGCUUAACGCUAAUCAACGUGAACCAACGCACACUGUCCGUUUCGAACUGUAAUUUGCGCGGUUCGAUCUGUAGCCUGAACAGUCUACUGACAACGCACACACAGAACGAACCGGCACCGUCCGGUAUGAUGCUGGAGGAGGACGAACUGGAUGGUAAUGGAGAUAACGAUCAUCAUCAUCAUCAUCAGCAUCACCAUCACCAGCACCAUGGUCACCAUCACCAGCACCAUGGUCAUCACGGGCAGCAUGGUAUUGGUGGGCAUCAUAGUACACACCAUCGAGUAGGCGGUGAGUUGCGACGGUUCGGUAGCAGUGUUGAUGCUUCCUUUUCCGGGCAUGACGGUGCGGCGGCCCAAUCGGACAUGCUCGGUGCAAACGAAACCGGGAAUAGUGGCCGCGCGUGUACGUACGGUCGACUUACGGUGAGUUCGGGACACACCUCGAUGGAUCAGCAUCAUCACGGUGGUGGUCCAGGACAUCACGAAAAUUCGCGCGGCAACAGUCGGCAGCGGAAGUUCCGCAGUUCGGAUAGUUUACACAACCUCAAUGCACGCGAACAGAGUUUGCAGGGGUGUGAGAUGAUGAUGGGUGACGGUAGACAGCAUCACCAUGGUCACGGUGGGAGCGAGCGCACCCAGCUGGAAGGGGAUGGAAAGUUAAUGUCCGUCAGUACCUACCAACAGCGCAGUUGCCAAUCGUCUUUUGAUGAGCGCCAUCAUUAUGGAUCGUCGGAAAAUUUUAAAGAGCAUCAGAACAAACUUUCUAUCCACCGCGGGCUGUUCCAGAAGGAUCCGUCCACCGUUACGUCAACGUCGUCGGCCAAUAAUCUGUCCGCACUCGGUACCGGUUCGCUGUACAACUGCUGUUGCGGUUGUUGCUGCUGCUGCUGUUGCUGUACCGGCACACUAGACGGUAGCGGUUGUUGCGAUGGUAACGGGCUAGCACUGAAGGCGGGUAACUUAAGCAUCAGCAACUCGAACGUACGCAACAUCUCGACCAAACCGCUCAGCCCACAAACGACCAGUGAAGAUUUUAAGAUCUAUCUCGCAAACAUACAGUUCCUGCAGAAUGCAUCGAACGUACUGACGAUAGCGUACCUACGGAAGUUGCACAAUUUCUUUAGCAAAACGUACCGCAAAAUGGUUGCUUCUGCUGCUGCUGGUGCACAGGAAGCGUUCCGGCAGCAGCGUACCCAUUCGAAGGAGGCACCCGAAGACGGGAAGAAGGAACGCACGCAGUUGGAUGGAACGGUACAGGUGGUGGAGGCGCCCAGUACUAAAAUGAUGUUGCUUCACAGUGACAGUCUGCAUCAUCCACCCGUUUGUGACGAUGAGUCGUACGACGAGGAACACAAAAAGAUGGUGCUAAAGAUACACCAGGAGUUUUGGGAUUUGCCUACCAACUAUCAGGAGAAACCGUUGGUGUUUGGAUCGCAGGCAAAGAAUCGCUACAAAACCAUACUGCCGAAUGAACAUUCGCGCGUUAUACUUGAACCGGAAAGGGCACCAGUUGCUGGCGGUGAACCGUACAUCAAUGCGAAUUACAUUAAGGGCCCUGACUAUGCAAACAACAGCUACAUCGCUACUCAAGGGCCACUGCCAAACACAAUCUACGAGUUUUGGCUGAUGGUGUAUCAAAAUGUGGCCCGCACAGCAGCGGCCGCCGGACUGUCGCUUCAAACCGCUGGGCUGGAGCAGAAGAUAGUGAUGCUAACGAACUUUGUCGAAAACGGUCGUCAAAAGUGUGCAAUCUACUUUCCCCAAAGCGAAUCCGACUGGCUCGCGUUUGGCAAUACGGCCGAUGUGGAUGUGAGUGAAGUUUUGCGGGAAAAGGAUAACCUUGCGGCAAGAAUCUCUCAGCACGAUGACCAACCAGCCGUGACGGUGCAAACCCGCUGCGAAAGUUGCUUCUUUCUCGUACAGAACGUAUGUGUGGAGCAGCGCAAUGGUUACACCGUACGAACGCUGAACGUUAUCUACGGUGCGAAAGCUGCUGAUGUGCCGGAGGCUGAUGCCGACGGUUCGGCAUUUGAAUUGGUCGCAUUUCGGGCACAUCACUACUGGUUUCCCGACUGGCCCGAUCAUCGUUCACCGAACGAUAUAAAUGUGCUGCUCGACUUAAGUCUUGAUGUGCUCGGAUCGAACGUACUGGAUACACCACGGCCGGAAAGCAAUAACUCACUGAAGGGCAAUCAACCCGGCACGCCGGGACUGGAAGAGGUGGUCGGUGCUGCACAGCUGGCCGCCCUUAGCUCCGCCACACCGACCGUGCUACCGAUCAUUCACUGUUCGGCCGGUAUCGGUCGGACGGGAUGUUUGAUCGCGAUACUGAACGGGCUGCGACAGCUGCGGCUCUCCGUAAUGGCGCACCAACGCAAACAGCAACAGCUGAAACAAUCGACCCAACUGGUACCACCACCGCCGUUGGUUCCAUGCAGCGAUGACAAACGGGACGAUUCGAAUCCGUCCAGUGAGAGUCAUAAAACAGUGGCGGAUGAGCUGCAGGAUGAGCUGGAACAAUCGUUACCCUUGCCACCGGUACCGGAUGGAUCGGAUGGGCGAAGAAAAUCGGCGACCAGCGCGGUGUUGACCACGACCAGUGGUGGUAAUGGAACAUUCCGUGCACAACGGGACGGUGGUAGUGUACUGCGCGAAUCCGGCCAGGUGGAUAUCUUGGGCAUCGUGUGCAAUCUGCGCCUACAGCGUGGUGGCAUGGUGCAAAACUCGGAACAGUACGAGCUAAUCCAUCGGGCGCUGUGUCUGUAUCUGGAGAAGCUAACCCAGGAUGGACACAUAUAAAAACGCUACCAACAAACGAUAGAAAAAAGCUAUUUGAAUCUUUAUCCAAACGAAGAAAAACAAAACACCCCCCGACAACACUGUUUGCUGUGACAGUAAGAAGAUGACCGCAGGGUGCAUAACAGUAAAUGGGGUGGGCAAAAAAUGGAAUAAUGUGUGCAAGAUACCAAAGAGAAUAUAGUCGAAAAUGGGAAUAUACGAACCUGGGAACCGAAGGAUGGAUAUGAUAAAAGCAGCACAAACAAAAACAGCAAAACAAACAAAAUACAAUCAAACUAAUGUUCAGGCAUGCAAAAACUCAAACGAUACACACCACCCAGUGGGUAGAAGUAAACGGUAGAUCUGAGUAAGUUAGAAAAACACAACAAAAUAUUGACAAAGGAUGAUAAAAACCCUAGUUAUAAAUUGUAGGGAGAGGGAGGUGUGAGGUAACGAUACAUCAUCGCACAUUUAAUGACUAUUUGCGUGUGUGCGGUACGAAUGUGUUAUAUGUGGAAUUAUGAAUUCAAUGUAUAUGUUUGUCCUUUACUCUCUACUAUGUGCAGAAAAGGCAAUUUCUGAAUGUUGGGAUUGAAAUUAGUCAGCAGACAAAGCGAGAAAGCAAACUCACGCGCGCGCAGAUAUGGUAACUUAACAUAUUACAUAUUGCAAAACAAGAAAAAAAACAAAACAAAAAAGGGAAAAAUCAAAGGUAAAAUAUUAUAGAUAAUAGAUGCAUUAUAGAUGGGUUUUUUUGUUGGCGGGGGGGUUUGGUGAACAAUUUUACAAAGCACACACACAAACACUGCAACUGCAAUGAAAGAUAAGUGGGAUAUAAGAUUAGGACAAAAUACGGGGCGAAAGGAAUUCGCAUGGGGUACGGGGGGAGGGUAAGGGAACGCGCGCUUAAUGAAUGUUUUAGCGUAAGUGAAGUAUGUUUGUGCGUAUGUAUGAGCGAUGGGAAUGUGUUUAAAUUAAUGAUAAGGGACAAACUAAAUUAUUACCUAGAUGGAGCAUUAUAUACAUUUACACGCAUACACACGCAUUCAUAUUAUACUUAUAUAUACUUAUACCCAUAGAGAGACACCCAAACCAACAACAACAAAAAUGCAUCCUAAAAACACAAUUUGGAAAAAGGCUGGAUUUUUUUUUUAAUAUUUACUAACGGCAUUGAUAAAGUGAAGUGUUUUGUUUUCUGGCGCAGUAUAAGGGAAAAACAGUAAAAAUCAAACACAAACACACAGUUACACACAUACAUUAGGGACUCUAUUUCGCAAAAUUGGAAAUCCGUUUAUGGAAAGUACAGAAACAAUCUAAUGGCGCACAUACGGAAUACGGAAAAUUUAGCAGCGUUUUAGUAAGUAGUAGCAGAUGCGCGAUAGACUAAAAGUGGAAAGUAUUAUAAUAGUGUAGAACAAUUGCAGACAGAGCAGGAAUGGGGUGGAAAACCACCCCCUUCGGGGGCAAAUCAAUGCCACCGUUUUGCUAGCCCGAAUGGGACACACUUGAUGGACAACCUAUUCAAAAUAGUGGAACUAUUUUUAAUGAACUCAACCUACCGCAGCUUCUUUACCGUACACCUGUGUGUGUGAAAUAGGACAAUUUUAGCGGGUAAAUUAAACGCAUUAAGGAUGGCAAAAUAUUAUAACACAACAGUAUAUAUGGCGACACUCUGGACACACACUGUCGCGGCAUUUAGUACAAUCGAUUUGAACAACAAUUUUUGGGUGUGCUCAAUGUGUGUUAUUUUUAUGUUGAAAAUUUGCCACCGUAGGUGUUACCACAGCCCGGACGACCGAGCCUAUAAAGCGAAACGGUGGUUGAUAGAGAGAGAGAGAGAGAAAAAAAACGGAAAAGCCGUUUAGCCGCGUUUGAUCUGCCGCAUGUGAAACGAACCGGAGCAGUUACGUAGCAUUUUUAUGUUGCGCCAGGAUGGUAGGGCAAAGGACUUUUUUUGGCUAUGUUUCGUUUUAUGACUGGUGGUUUUGUGCCAUUUCAAAAGCACUCCAUCAUUGUCUGCCACCAAACGUAUACUGCUCCGGCCAUGCAACAACAGAACGUACGGUGAUAACAGUACAGCAGUAAACCAAAAAAAAAAGCUAAAACAAAACCAAGCAAAGGAAGAAACCUGAAUCAGCAUAAAAUAAGAAUCAACCACCACCAGCAGCAACAACAACAACAACAAUAUGUGUGUAAAUAAAUGUGUGAAAAAAUAA